GUUCAAUACCUACGACACAGUAACAUCUUCAGUCAGUUCGUUUAGUUCGUUGCGCUUGUUAGAACUAAAGCUAGAGAAUGAAACUCUUCAUUGGCGUGCUCUCCCUCUGCCUGGUAGCCUUCGCCGCUGCCCAGUCUGCCGAUCCCGCUGUGCAGGAUCCCUCUGGCGAGUAUCUGCCACCACUGGGUGCUGAUGAAGCUGCUCCCUUGGCCGAGGAUGGCUAUCGCUACAAGACAGUGCGUCGCCUGAGACUGCGUCAUCGUCGCGAGCUGCCCAACCAGGAAUAUCUGCCACCCACCGAGGAGUACCUGCCACCCGUUGAGGAGUCUGCUGAUACUAAAGUUGCCGAUGAUGGUUAUCGCUACAAGACUGUGCGCAAGCUCAAGUUCCGUGCUCGUCAUCGUCGUGAUGUUUCCGAAAUUGCUGAGCCCACCGGCGAGUAUCUGCCACCCGUUGAGGUUGAGCUGGCACCCGAGCUGAAGACCGUGGUCGGUGCUGAUGGUUAUCGCUACAAGACUGUGCGUCGUCUCAAGUUCCGUCGUCAUCGUCGUGAGGCUGCCGCCGAGGAAGCUGCCGCUGUUGCUGAGCCCGCCAAUGGCGAAUAUCUGCCACCUGCUGAGACUCCCGUCGCUGAGGCUGCUGAGGUCAAGACUGCCGAGGAGGGCACCGAGGUGGGCAAGGAUGGUUAUCGCUACAAGACCGUGCGUCGCAUCCGUUAUCGUUAUCGCCAUUAAGCUGCUGCUGGUUACCCGAACUUAGGCAUAUUGAACCAAAUUGAUCCUGAUAGUACACAGAGUGUGGCAAUAGAAGUUAUAGCCAAGUUAGUCUGCUGCCCACUCGACAUGCACUCAAUUCCCUUUUCCCCGCCCCCCUUUUGAAUUAGUUUUUUUUCGUAAUGUAUUUCUGUCUCCCCCACACAAAAAGCAUACAGAAUAAUAAAAUU